AUGGCGGAUCGGCCCUUAAGCUUCGGGUUCGCUACGACACAAUCUUUUUGUCCGAGCGGAGAUGAUACUACCUUCGGGAGCCUCUCGUCCGACGCAUGGCGCCCCGCUUCAUCCUUCGCACGCGCAUGGCUGCGGACAGAGGCAUCCAAGGAGCGGGAUGGGGAGCUGACGGCGAGCAAGGGAGUCCCACGGGAGAGCUCUCCCUCACUUGUGCAGAAGGAGCGGGAUGGGGAGCUGACGGCGAGCAAGGGAGUCCCACGGGAGAGCUCUCCCUCACUUGUGCAGAAGGAGCGGGAUGGGGAGCUGACGGCGAGCAAGGGAGACCCACGGGGAGAGCUCUCCCUCACUUGUGCAGAAGGAGCGGGAUGGGGAGCUGACGGCGAGCAAGGAAGUCACACGGGGAGAGCUCUCCCUCUCUUGAAGGAGCGGGAUGGGGAGCUGACGGCGAGCAAGGGAGUCCCACGGGAGAGCUCUCCCUCACUUAUGCAGAAGGAGCGGGAUGGGGAGCUGACGGCGAGCAAGGGAGUCCCACGGGGAGAGCUCUCCCUCACUUGUGCAGAAGGAGCGGGAUGGGGAGCUGACGGCGAGCAAGGAAGUCACACGGGGAGAGCUCUCCCUCUCUUGAAGGAGCGGGAUGGGGAGUUGACGGCGAGCAAGGGAGUCCCACGGGGAGAGCUCUCCCUCACUUGUGCAGAAGGAGCGGGAUGGGGAGCUGACGGCGAGCAAGGGAGUCACGCGGGGAGAGCUCUCCCUCUCUUGAAGGAGCGGGAUGGGGAGUUGACGGCGAGCAAGGGAGUCCCACGGGAGAGCUCUCCCUCUCUUGUGCAGAAGGAGCGGGAUGGGGAGCUGACGGCGAACAAGGGAGUCACGCGGGGAGAACUCUCCUUCUCUUGGUGA